UCCGUUUAUGGCAAAUCCACAGAAUAAGGGAAGUUGAUGCUGAUUUCUCCCAUUCUUGCGAAAGUCGAGUUAACGUAAACACGGUUUGCCAAAACAAGAAAGAAAACUUGUUAUUUAAGGUUUGACAUGAUGAAUAACAACUCCCAUUCAAUUAAUCAACCAGCGUUUCCCACUAUUUCAAGUGGAACGGGUGUAAUGCCGAAAAAUAUUACAACUUCUGGUGGUUUAACUUACGAAAACAUUGAUCCGUCAAGUUUGGAACAAGGAUCUGAUUCUGAAGAUGGAUCAUACACUGGCGCCCAACUUGGGAAAAAGACAAGAGGUCGGGUUAAAAUUAAAAUGGAAUUUAUUGAAAAUAAACUAAGACGUUACACGACUUUCAGUAAGCGUAAAACUGGAAUAAUGAAAAAGGCAUAUGAGCUAUCUACCCUAACUGGUACUCAAGUGAUGUUGCUGGUAGCUAGUGAAACAGGACAUGUUUACACAUUUGCAACAAGAAAGUUACAGCCGAUGAUCACAAGUGAUAGCGGUAAAGCAUUAAUCCAAACAUGUCUGAAUUCCCCUGACCCUCCACCUGGAAGUAAUAGUGCACCAAUGUCCAUUGAACAGAGAAUGAAUCCUACUGGAUUUGAAGAAACUGAAUUGUCAUAUGCAGUUAGUGAGGAGGAAAAUCUAAAGAAUGAGAACAACAACAAACCUGUGUACACAACUUCCAGUCAGUCUGACUCUUCACCGUUGCAUCAAUCCAUCGCACAGGAAGUGAUUCAAACAAUCCAGACAUCAUCUAGUUCACCCGCCCCAGUAACAGUCUCAUCCACAGGACUUUCUCAACAAAUCCCACAAAAACCAUCAAACGUGGCAGUGCAGAUUCCUGGUUUACCUCCGGGAACAGUUUUAGUUCCGCCAGGGACACCACUGAUUCCAAUUCAGCAACAAAAUGGUCACACAGGGUUACAACAACAGGGACAAACGUUAUACAGAUUACCCAACUCUAAUCAGAUUGUUUCUAUACCAAAUGUAGGGACCAGCUUACAUCAACAAACGUUUGCGGAAACAUCCCAUUCUAUUACAACUGCAUCCUCAUCGACAGCACCUUCAUCAUCUAAUGUAUUACAGACAUUGAGUACUCCUUCUGCUACAGCUAUGACACCUGGUGUUGUAAUGUAUCAGACACCACAAGGAAUUGUUUAUGCCCCUACAACAGCAACCUUACAAGAUCGACAAGUGUUUAAUUUCCAACAGCCGGCUCAGCCAUUGUCAUUAUCACAAAAUGAAGGAGGUCAGCAGUAUAUUACCAUACCUGUUCCUGUCUCAAUAAAUGGUAACACACAGCUUGUACAGUUAGGAUCAGCAGAUUCACAACAACAACCUCAGCAGGUUACAUUAUCACAGCCCAGUGCAGCUAAGAAAGUGAGGAAGUGAUGGUCUAUCCUUGUGCUAAUGAUAUGAUGGUGCUAUGACCUUUAGUGAAGGUUCUCUUCCUAGUGACCCCAGUGUUUGUACUAGUUAAUGUAGAAUGGUAUACCUGUCUUUUAAUGAUAAACUGAUGGUAAAGCGGGAACAGUAUAAAAAUCCAUCAACAUAUAAUAUAUUAGUAUUUUGAUUGGAUGGAUUCCGUAUGACUUUGAGUGUUACUGUACUCAGUAGUAAGGUCCACAUAUGUACAUAUCUAUAGAUAUAUUUAUAAAAAAAAUAUGUCUUCUAAAAUAUCUGUAUAUGACAUUGAUUUCAUAAAUCUAAUUGUGUUAUAGACUCAUUUCCCAAAAAAAACUUUUGUGUUAUAACAAUUGUAAGUCAUGAACAUUACAAUAUACUAACUUACGAUCAAUUUUUAAUUCUUGUUUUUGUAACCUCUCUAGAUCUUUCCUAUGCCAUGCAUUCAAACAUUUGGCAAAGCAAAGUCUAUUUUUAAUGCCCUGUCUGCGAUAGAGAGGGCAUAAUGUUUUCAGGUGUGUGUGUCCCUCUGUUAGUCUGUCCGGCAUAAGUUGAUACUUUUUGUUUAAAGUAGUUUACCUUGAAGUUUUGAUCACUUCUACUUAAAUUUUUUAAGUCUUGAAAUUAAGUAAACAUUUUCAUUAUGAUAUAAACUUUUAAAAAUAUAUGCCAUAUAAAGUUUUGACCCAUAUGUAAAUAAGAUAGUGUGAGUGGGCCAUGGCAUUUUAUGGGCACACAUUCUUAUUCGAAUAUUUAUUUUAAACAUACAUAUAUGUAGUGAUGUUGGUUGACAAAAGUAAAAUGUAUAAAUAUUGUAUGAAUAUUGAUUUCUUAAGCAAUUUUAAAAUUAUUUGCCUGGCAUGCUACCAGUUUAGGUAAUCAUGGAAAUCACAUGGUAUACACAUUGUCAUCUUGUAAAUAUUAAAAUAUUUUGAUGCAUGUAGAACUUUACUGUAAACAUAUAAACUGUAUUGCUGAAUUUUGUACAUUUUUUUUAAAAAUAAAUAUGCAACGUACUUUUUGUUACAUUUUAAUUUAAACAAGUUAAAUGGUAUGUGAGUUAGGAAAAAAUAACUUUUUAUUCAGUUACUGUCAUUUGAUCAAGAGGGGAAAUGCAAAAUACCUAUGUAUAUAUAGCAAAGCAAAUUUUAUGAGAUUAUAUUAGAUCAUUUUUGUAUUCUUCAAUUUUUGUAAACUGUUUGCGGUAUAUCCAUUUUAAUGUGUUGUAAAUACAUCUGUUAGAAUUGGGAAAUUUUAUGUAAACUGUUUUGAGUAUAUUUAUUUUAACAUUCUGUAAAUACACUUGUUGAAAUUGUAAAAUUUUGUAGUUGAUUUUUCAUAUUUCAGUUAUGAAUUCUUUUUGUUGACAUUUCUUACAUUAAACAAACAAUUAUCAAUCAAUCAAUCAUGAAAAGUGUUUUUUACUGCUUAAGAACAAAUCACUGAAAAGUUUAAAUGUCUUGCCUUGAAAGGGGAGAUAAUUAAACAAGGAAGUGUUCCUGAUCAGGGUUGCUGAUGGAACAAGGGGAAACUACUCUGUUUGAUGUAGGGAUCCUUACAUAUUAUAGUACUAUGAAAUGCUACAAACACAUCUCAGAAAGUAAGAAAUCCAGAUAUGUUGGUUCUAUUUUUGUAUAAAUAUCUAUAGAUUUUUAUUAUUAUGCAUUUGUAUGUAUAUAUAUUUUAAGUGAUUUAGUGUGUGUUAUGCAUGGAUAUAUUAAAGGCAAAUGUGGUUGCUUAUUAAUAUGUGCAAAAUAUGAGGAUCAUAUCAUUUUAAAGUGGUUGUAGCAAGAAAUGCUUUACUAUCUAUUAUCUUUGUGCAUAUAUUUUUUUCUUCUGUAUGCAUACAUGUAUGUGUUCUACAAAACAUUCUCGGUGGACAAAGUUCUUUUAGUUUUAAGUGUGAUGACGUUUUCAGGUAUUGUCAUUUUUUCUAAACAAAACAUAAAAACAAAUAGUUUAUUUAUUUUCAGGCACCAUCAAAUUGAAUGAUUUUUUUCUUUCUCUCUUUAUUUACAGAAUGGAAGUUUGUGUAUCAAAUACUUUUUAAGUCCCCUACCGACGAAGUCAAUGGGGAAUUUAGGUUUGCACUCCGUCUAUCUGUCUGUCUGUCUGUCUGUCCAUCCGUCAGUCCGGCAAAUCAGUUUUCCACACUUUUUUUCUUUUGUUGUUUUAUCAUGACAAGUUACAGAUCAAGUUCGAAUUUUGUUCCGGUCUGAUGAUUUUGUGCAGAGUUAUGUUCCUUGGACUUAGAAAAUUCACUUAAAUAAUCAGUUUUCCACACUUUUUUUCGUCAUGCUUGAAGACAUUGACUUGAUAUUUGUUAUAUAGUUUACACCAUGACAAGUUAUAGAUCAAGGUCGCAUUUUGUUCCAGUACAAUGAAUGUUUAACCAGUAGGGGACUAUGUAUUGCCAUGCAAUACUCUCAGAAUGCUUGUUUAAUUUAAUUCCUGAAAAUAUUUUUACAAGUAUCAGCAACUGAUACUUAUUUGGCUAUGAUUUAAAAUAAAGUCUUUCAAUUUACAUUAAUUCAUUAAAUAUGGAAGUAUAGAAUGGAAAGAGAAAUUAUGUCAUUAUAUGGGAAUGAGAAUGGUUUGUAGAUAAAAUAUAAACAAAAAAGGAAAAAAAAAACUUUUUGCCAUGGCUUGAAAAUUAAAGAUUUGUUAUUUUUGUGAAAAAUUUAUUUGGCUUUAAAUUUGUUUCUGACUUCCGUAUAAAUGUUAUAAUCUUAAUUCAUGUUAAAUAUCAUAGAUAUUCACUCCAUAUUAAUGACCAAUGUUCUAUAGACUUUUUCAUCCUGCCUAUUUAGAUUUUUUAAUCAAAUGACCAUAAAAAUUUGGACUUUUACUCAGUAACUGCAUAAUUAUUUUAUUCUUCAAUUGUUAAUCUUAUAGUUUUUAUGCUUAAUGAUAUGAAAAUAGAUGUAUUUAAUGUAAUCACUGUUUGUAAAAAUUUAAUGCAGAUUUUCCAAUUUUGACCAAUAAGCAUGUAAGUAAUGCACAUUUGAGGGAAGCCUGGAACUGUUACUUGCUUUUUUACUACUUAAAAAUUAUAAAAUCUGCAUUUAAUUCAUAUAAAGUCAAAAUAUUUUAAUAAACAAAACAUAUCCAAAUAGAAGAAUGAUUACAAAAUGUAAGUAGUAUUGUUUUCAUUUGGAUAAAUUUAGCUAUUGUUUACCAUGUUUCCAUGGCGGUAGGUGCUUUAAAAUGGAACAGGUUUUAACAUUCAUUGCAUAGUUUUAGCCAAGGAAAAAAAUAUGGAUGCUAUAAAAUAUUUUGCCAAAGUUAUCAAUUACCAAAUUUUAAAUAUAUCAUUAUGAAUUUUCCCAGUUAUGUUUGAAAAUUAAUUUGGGUGCAUACAAAACACAUUUUAUUCAGUAGAUUCUCUCGAGUUUGACCUGAUAAAGUAUAAUAAUGUAAAGCUUUACCUUACAAUUGGGUCAUGGAAACAAUACAAUUUUGUAGUGCUUCCGAGUACAGCCAUGUACGCAUAAUCAUCCACUCGUCCAUUUUAAAAACUCUGCAUCAGGUACAUUUGUAGUAAUGUAUGGUUUUCAAAAGUCAUCAAUAUUAUGGUAUUAAGGAUUAUCACUGUUUAUUUAAUGAACUCUUAAACUUAAUUUCAGUCAGAAAAUAUAAGGCCUGUUUUAAAUUUUCUUUAAAGAGCUUAAUAUUUAUUUUUUGUGGCCUUUCAAGAAAUUGUUCUAAGUUCAUUGUGAAUGAAAUCUCUUUCUCUAGUCAGUUAUUGAAAUGUACAACUUAUGUCAUCUUGUUGAUGUUUUUUGCUUAGAUUUUGUAUUGUUAUUUUUAUACAAAUACAUUUUGAUACAAUAUUAAAA